GGCUCUUAACACUGCCUUCAUCCCAGUUCCUCCUCUCUUCACCUCCUCUCUCCUCGGCGGUCGGGACGGACACAAGUCAGAGCCUGAGCCCCUGUGUCGCUGAUCGAGGACCGGUCGGUUCCACGGCUCCCGGAGGAAAAACAGACCCGCACCUGUCCGGAGGCUCCGCGCAGACACGAGGGACAACUUCAGAGAGCCGAGAGCGGGAGUUGAGCCGGAUGAAAAUGAAACUGGAGGUGCUCCUACCUGUGCUGCUGUGUGCCAUCUGUCUCCUCGUCCUGCCGUCGUCCUCUACCCCCCACCAUGACUCAGCUCGUCUCUCCCCAGACGAUUCGAAGCUUCUCCACGUGACCAUCCCCACCACCCCGCCCGUGGAUGCCGUGCUGGGCGGCUCUCUGACGUUACCCUGCCUGGUGUCCCUGGCCCACCCUCCGCCGUCCCCCUCCACCAACGGCCGCCACGCCGUGCUAUCCCUCCCACGGGUCAAGUGGAGCGUCCUGACUCAAGGGCGCGAGACGGAGAUCCUGGUGGCCCGCGGAGACAGGGUGAGAGUCAGCGAGGCCUACAAGGACCGAGCCUCGCUGCUCAACUACGCCUACUCCCCCGCCGACCUCACCCUGCGGCUGGACGGCCUGAGGCAGAACGACACCGGCUUCUACCGCUGCGAGGUGCAGCAGGGCCUGGAGGAUGCUGACGACGUGGCUCAGAUCAAGGUCAAAGGGGUGGUGUUCCAUUAUCGUGACGCAUCCAGCCGCUACGCCUUUACCUUCGAGCUGGCCAGAGAGGCCUGCGAGGAGAUCGGCGCCAAAAUUGCCACUCCGGAGCAGCUCCUGGCCGCCUACCACAGCGGAUACGAGCAGUGCGAUGCCGGCUGGCUCUCGGACCACUCAGUCAGAUAUCCCAUUCAGAUGCCGAGGGAGGGCUGUUUUGGGGACAUGGACGGACUGCCGGGAGUGAGGAACUACGGACUCUUGGAGCCCGAUGAGCUGUAUGACGUCUACUGCUAUGUGGAGAAUAUAGAGGGUGAGGUGUUCCAUGGCUCCGCCCCCCAGCGUUUCACCUUCUGGGAGGCCAAGGCCUACUGUAUGAGUCACGGGGCGGAGCUGGCCACCACCGCUCAGCUGUACGCAGCCUGGAAUGACGGACUGAACCACUGCAGUCCCGGGUGGCUGGCGGACGGAAGCGUGCGCUACCCCAUCGUCACCCCUAGAGAGCGCUGCGGAGGUGGUGAACCCGGGGUCAGAACCGUCUAUCGCUACAGCAACCAGACAGGCUUCCCCGAGGCUGACACACGCCACGACGUCUACUGCUUCAGAAGCGAUAACGGCCCUUACACCGAAUCUCCUCAGGAUUUUCUCACCACUGAGCCAGAGGACAUUGGCCAGGACAUUGUUUUCUUAACUAAUCCUGCUCAGGAGGAGGUGAGUGUUAGUGAGGUAACAGCAGAGGGAGGCGAAGAGGUGCUACAUGCCCAGACAGUCAGUCCCGUCAGACAGGUCCCCGUGGAGGCUCAGGCCCCAACACUGUGUUAUGACAAGGAGCCAUUGCUCACGGUAGACCUUCAUCAGUCUGUCACUCCUCCCUCGGAGCAUCAACAGCCCUUUUCCACCAAAGAUACCUGGGAGCCUAUAGAGAAGGCCAGCUACCCAGAGUCCUAUCAACCAGCACCUGAAGAGACUCCCGACACAGACCAUGAAGAGUCUCACAUACAUUCAACUCCUCUUCCAGAGGCUGAUGACGCAGCAACGACCGAUGAAGACUCCACUUCAUCCCCAGCUAAUGUGACAAUGUCAGAGAGCGGCGAGCCGUCAGAGACUCAUAUCUCUGAGAUUAAUCAAGAGACCGAAACCCUGGACAUGCUGGGUGUUAAUGCAACAUCUGGAACUGAUGCAAAUGAGCUGUUUAACAGUUCCUCAGAGGUGCAUGAGGAGGAUGAACUUCCUGUUUCACAAGAGGACCACACGCCAGAGGUCCACUUGGAACACGCCUCUGAAACUGAGCUGGUCUACUCGAGCACAUCUUAUGAUGUUUCGGGACAGCCAGAAGAGGCCAGCGCUGGUCCUGUUGAGGAGGUAUCAGCGGUGACUACUUCACCCCACACUGAGGAAACAGAUGUUUACGCCGCUACACCACCCGUGAACCAUCCAACAGGAGAGGAGUCUGGAGAGGAGAGUGCAGAUCCUCCUCCAGAUGAGGAAACACAAGACCUGGUGACUCAGAGUUUGAUUGGGAUGGACACCUCUGCCAUUUCUGAAGUGGUCCCUACGACUGAUUCAGGUUAUGAACCUACUCAAGAGCACUCAGGUGUAAUGAUAGAGUCCUCCACCCCGGUCGACCAUAGUGAGGAGGAAUACAACAGCACAUCCGAGGAGGCGGCAACAGAUGAUCCAACAGAGCAGAGUGGACACAUCCAUCCUGCAGAAAUCCCAACAGCAGAGAUCAUCACGGUCACAGACGACUCAGGCUCCAGCGUGGAUGCUCCUGUCCUAAACAAUGAUCCUGUCACUUUGUUGACCUCCCCGGUGCCUGUAACCUUGUCUCCUCCUUCUGCGGAGGUCGAAGCCAGCUCCCCAGAGAUUAUCACCUUGAUACCUGAAAGCAAUGCUUCAUCCGGGGCCGAAGCCCUGGAAGACUUCCAGGAUAAAACUGAACAGGAGGGAUUAGGACAAAACCCAGAGGUAUUUCUCAGCACAACAGAAAACAUCACAGACAGUGACCUUGAGGGGCGGGAACAAGACGACGGCGACGGAUCGGGUGAAUCAUCAGGAGAGGGCUCGGAGAUGAAACCAGAACUCCUGUUGACAAACCCGACCGUCUCAACAGACCACACCUCUGAGGCAACUGAUGGUGAGGCGGGCACCGGUGCGCCUCCUCCUUCAGAUGUAAAAAUCACACUGAUCCCUCACCUGACCCUCACACCCGGCUGGGAACCAGAGCCCUCCUCCUCCACGCCGCAGGAGUCCCGGUCUGAUCGAGAGUACAGCGCCGAGACUCCUGUCGCCGAGGAAUCUGAUGAUGACUCCAAACAGGAAGAGGUCGCGGUGGAGAUCACCACCAGCAGCGUUAACGAACAUGGAUCGGGGACAAGAGAGGGGGAGACGAGCUCAGACGAGCCCUCAGAUAAAAUAUGCACAUGGCAUCCGGAUGAGGGGGACACCUCCAGUCCAACACCCACCGCAGACACUCAUGAUGUGACCAUCACUGCUCCCACCAUGCACCCAGAGAACAUGAACAGAUAUGAGGAGGAGGAGGAGCAGACUGCCGUGUCUGCUGCCAAAGUUUCCUCUGCAAGACAAGGAGGCUCGUCAGACUCGUGCCUGGAGAACCCGUGUUUAAAUGGAGGCACAUGUAUCGAAGGUGAAUCUACAAGGUGCCUCUGUUUGCCGGGAUAUGAAGGAGACAUGUGCCAGAAAGACCUGGAGGUGUGUGAACCGGGCUGGGAGAAGUUUCAGGGCUUCUGUUAUCGGCACUUCAGCAAGAGGCAGAGUUGGGAGGCGGCUGAGCAGCACUGUCGGAUGUGUGGCGGACAUCUCAUCUCUGUCAUGACCCCCGAGGAGCAGGACUACAUCAACGACAAGUACAGAGAAUACCAGUGGAUUGGACUGAACGACAGAACCAUUGAGGGAGACUUCCGCUGGUCGGACGGGAACCCGCUGCUCUAUGAGAACUGGUUCAGAGGUCAGCCCGACAGCUACUUCCUGUCCGGUGAGGACUGUGCGGUGAUGGUGUGGCACGACGGCGGCCACUGGAGCGACGUACCGUGCAACUACCACCUGUCCUACACCUGCAAGAAGGGUGUCUCAGCCUCCUGCGGCGAGCCGCCCCAGGUUCCCCACGCCAAAGUGUUUGGGAAGAAACGCUCGCGUUACGAGACCAACACCAAGGUGCGGUACUACUGCGAGGAGGGUUUUGUUCAGAAGCUGAAUCCUGUGAUCAAGUGCCUGUCCGGAGGCCAGUGGGAGGAGCCUAUGAUCACCUGCUUGUCAACUCAUUCAGUGGAAGAAGACCCGGUGACCUUACUUCCUCACCAGCACGAGGAGGUCGUGGAGGUCAUGGAGGUCAUGGAGGUCAUGGGUACAGCCACAGAGAAAGCGACGCCGCUGUUCUGGGACAUUAAAUGGAAUGUGUGAAGCCAUCCUGCCAUCCUUUUUUCUUUUUUAAACACUAUUCCUCUUCCUGUUUUCCCACUUGUCUUGUGUCUCAAAGACUUUCCAGCCCCCGUUUUCUGCAUCGAAUUAAAUCCUAUGAAACUAAUCUGAGAAAUCUCAAGGCCACAGUUGCUACAAUCACCAUGGAGAAUCUGAAAAAGUGCUGCAAUCCAAAUAUGUAUUUUUCAAUACUGGAGAAAUGACAUCCACAAUAACUUUAUCGUGAAACUUUCAAGAUACGAUAAGAGAGGAUCCUGCACGCUAAACACUAAACAGUGGAUUUAAACAGAUACUUUCUUAUCAUAUAAAAGACCUGCGCCCGAUUAGGGAAAUGCACAUUAAACCCCCCCCCCCCGACUUAUCCAUCUCUUUUAUCAUCAAAUUACAAAUGUGUCUCUGCGACAUUUCUGAUCAUGCUUAAAGUAUGAGUUAAUCAUGUAAAUGUAAGUUUUAAUCGUCUGUAUUACCCUGAAUAAACCAAAUUUACCAGUACACGGGGGCGGGGGGGUCGAGGGAUCCAGAAAUAUUUAAAAACAAAUUCUAUUCUAUUCAAGUUCACAUCAUACUCAAAUACGUAACCAAGAGUGUUCUUUACUUAAUCUACAGCCAUUUUGUAACCAAACAUAACUGUUUUUAUUUUUUUGUUUGUUUGUUUGUUUUUAAAAAAAUUAAGAUUGUAGAAAUUAAAAAUCGGUGACAAUGUCGAAUUCUUGAAUUUGACUGCUGCUGCCCAUAAACGCUGUAUUUUAACAUUUUGUUGUAACAGACCUGCUGCUGGUGGCUGUUGGCAGUGAGCCGUCGAAGCGUCCGGCGUGUAGUAACGUGUGAAGCCGGUCGAACUCGCAGUCUGGAGGAUCCCUUCUUUUUACUUCUUUAGUGCUGAAGAACGACAGCUGUCAGUCGACCUUCACCUCCCACAGUCUGCACUCUCGAAAAAACACGUGUGCAUUUGUUGUGUGUGUGUCAGAAAAACACACAUCUUUGUUUUUAUACAUUUACUUCCAGCACAAAAUAGUUUUUAGACACAGGAAGCCAGAUUGAUGCUUCUCUUUAACUGGUCACCUGCGUGUGGAGGAGAGUUCACACCUGAAAUGAACGCAGACUGAACCUGAUGCUUUUAUCUUGCAGAUAUUGUGAUAAAUUAAACGUUCCCUCAAGACACAGAUGUGCUGCAGUUUCAGUUAUUUCCCUUGAAGAGGAAAUGGGGACACUUCCUCACCUGCAUUUGAUUAAGAUUCACCUGGGGGCCGGUUUCACAAAGAUGUCUCAGACUUUUCUCAUAGAUCAGUUUAAUGUUAGUCAGACCGUUUCAUAAAAAUAAAGACUGACUCAUUUUAAGCCAGAAAACAUUAGACAUCUUACUCCCACGCUAAUUCAGGUCUCAGACCAAUGUUACCAUGGUAACAAUCAAUGACACCUGCAAAAGAAAAACAGGAAAACAUGGCUCAUAAUUUGAGCAAUGAGAAGGAGUUAAAAUUUCCUUGUAACUGUUGAAUUCUUCCAAAAGACAAAUCCAUUUUCCUGCUGAGGUUAACGGAGGUCAGCGGUCGGAUUCAGUUCUCGGUCAUUUCUUAAUUUUUACCCAGAAUUCAUUGGACCACAGUCCGAUUUAAGGUGGUCAAGAACUAAACCGCUUCGUGCAACGGCUGAAUUCAGACUUCUAUCUGAAACCUGAAUAUUUGUCGUAUCUACAUCUGUCUUUGUGAAACCGGCUCCUGGACGGAGCCGAACCAGCUGACUGUCUCUGAGCACACGCCAUCGCGGAUCACUGACUCUGCUCGUCCUCUGGUGCUUUUUAUUCAGGUGUCUCUCAGACUCUGUACCGUCGUUUUGCUAAUACGAACUGUGCUGUAUCUGUAUUUGGCCAGAACUCUGUUCGCAUACAGUGUCCUAAUCGGAGAGGUGAAGUUUAAAUUCUUCACUGGCCUCAGAGCCGCAGCUCUACUUCUGGGAUCAGUGAAGAAGAAAACAUAUGUUUUGAUGAUGCAACUAAUGCAACCAGAGCUCAUGUGCUGUAUCUUUGUAUGACAGUAGCAGGUAGUGUUAAUCGUUGAUGUAAUGAACGCAUACUAUAUAAAUGUACAAGUAGAAAAUAAUAUAGUGAAAAAUGGAUCCAAUGAAAAAAAAGAGAAAUAAAAUGUAAUUUUGUAAUGUAGUCUGAAUUUUUGCUCUUGUUACAUGUUGUUUAUUGAUUUAACUGUAUAUAAAUUAACACAUUAAAAAUAG